AAACGGAAACUCCAUUUGUUUAGAGUAUGAGUCCUGAAUCGUAGUUCAUUGGUGCUGCUGAAAAGAAAGAGCAUGAAAGCUUGAGUGAAGGGGAAACUCAGGCAACCUGCAGGCGACUCGCACAUCAUGCUUAAAGGAGAGGAUAAGAAGCAAGGAACCAACACUGAUGAGGAUGAAACCAAGGAGCAAUCUGUGAAGAGAGGUAUGGGGGAAUUUAUUUCAAAAGGUCUGGCAUUUAGCUCCCAGAACAGAAGAGUGGAGGAACCGUCGCCUGCAGGCACUAAUGCCCUACCUGAGUCCUUGCCUGUUAAUGUUGACGAAAAAGAGAGUGAAAAAGGCUCUCGUAAUGCAGAUGUGAAUACAUUUCCAGAGAAAUUUAAGUCUGAUUUUACCCCUGUCAAAGAAGCUGAAAUGGAUGCUCAGAAAUGUUUGGAAGAUCUCGAUCAGCCAGAGUCAAGUUCUAAUUGUCUUUCCAGCCCCACAGAUAAUGGACCAAAAUCACUGCCUCUUAAUGCAGAAUUAAAUAAACCACAAAUCGACACUCAGAUUUCUGUUCAAACAGAUGAAAUCUCAAGUAGUCAGUCUGAAAGGGAGUCUGACAUGAAUGAAGCCCACUGUUCAACUGUCCAAACAUCUGAGAAAGAUGUCUGUGAUACAUCCUGUCCUAUUAUAAGUGAUAGCCAGUGUGAUGAAGAUUCUGAAAAACAAAUCCAUGAGGACACUGCAGAUGCAAAAAAUUCUGACACUGAAAAUCAAGAAGGCCUGCCCUCUGACACAUUAAACCAAACUGAUGUUACAUUGGAUGAUGCAGGUUUAGAUCAUUCUCCUGAGAAAAUGCAAGAGCCUAAUUCAGAGCUGAAUGUCCAGACACCUUCAACCGAAGCCACUGCGGAGGCAAGCAGUAUGGAGAUCAAAGAAGUAAACGUGUAUUUCAUUCAUUUUCUCGCGGACGGCCACGCAAAGAGAAACGGGUCAUCAAGUGUGAAUAUUGUGGGCGCCCGUUCAAUCAUGCCUCUGCGUAUAUCAUUCAUCUGCGUGUCCACACAGGUGAGAAGCCCUUCACGUGCCAGGAUUGUGGUAAAGCCUUCGCUCAACUCUCUAACCUGCGAUCUCACAGCAAAGUCCAUAAAUCCAAAAGUCGGAAACGUGCGCACAGACACCAAGACCGAAGUGGAGCCACGGCUGAGAAAAACGCAGACAUGAACCAUGUGAGCGUGAUCGACAAAGUGGAAAGUGACUGUCGUAGUAAUCAAGUCACCCCUAGAAGAAGGAGGAGGGGGAAAGGGAAACCUCAAACAUGUCCGAUCUGUGGCAAAGUCUUUUGCUACAAGUCUGUCCUCAAAAUCCAUCUUCGUAUUCACAGUGGAGAAAAACCAUACUCUUGUAAGGUGUGCGGCAAGUCCUUUACUCAGGCUUGCACUGCACGUGUCCAUGAAAGAGUGCAUUGGUCCAUCAGGCCUUACUUUUGUUCAAAAUGUGGUAAGGGAUUUUCUCAGAUCGGGCCACUAAAGAUACACACGUGUGAAGGUAAAAGACACCCACAUGCCACGUUGAAAGAAAUGGAAUUGGAUGGUGUUAUCAGCUUCAGGUGUCACCUUUGCAAAAGUUGCUUUGGCACCAGAGAUGAGUAUGAAUUACAUUUGCAAGGCCACAAGGAUACCCAGCGUUACAGCUGUGACUGCUGCAAGCAGACGUUCAGUCUUCUCUCAGAGCUACAUACGCACAGCAAGCACUGCAUUGCCAUGCGGCUCACAAAAAACAAGUCUUCUGGUUACAGUUCUCCUCACAGAUUACAACCCAAAAACUCCUUGAAAAGAAGAACAGCACAAAAAAUGCGAAGUGCAAGUCCAGUAAAAUCUCCUGAAAAAGAUUUUCCUGUGCUGAGGAAUUUCAAAAGAUGCUCUUCUUUGCUUGCUUGCCCUCCUCAGGUAAUGGCCAUGUCUGUUUAUGACACUCAGAAUAAUCUCUAUUCAGUGAAUCAGUCGAUCAAAUGCAGCUAUUUUGUUUCUCAACUGAACAGUACGCACCAAAAAGCAGAUCCAAGAAAGUACUUCUGCCCACGGUGUGGACGAGUAUUCCGGCAUGUAGGAAGGCUGAGAGCCCAUAUGCUCACUCAUUCGCGGGCUCAAGGCUUCACGUGUGUCGAUUGCAACAGGAUGUUUAAAAACUGGAACAAAUUUUGGAUUCAUCAGCGGCUGCAUAGACAGAAAAGAGGCCGUUUUUUUUGUCCCAAGUGCGGUCUGGGGUUUCGAUUUGUGGGCUUGUACAAUAAACAUCUGCAGAAGCAUCCAGAACUUAACGCUCAUGUCUGUCCCUUCUGUCCUCAAACGUUCUCAAAUGCACAAAAGUUGAGAAAUCAUCAGCAAGAGUGGCACCGCUCAACUAUGCCCUUUAUUUGUGAUAUUUGCGGAAAAGGUUUCCCAAGUGCGAUCGUUCUCAAACGACAUGGAGUUGUUCACUUCACAAAUGAUACAAUGGAGACGCAUUACACCAUUGAUCCGCAGUCUGCGGUGCAUCCCUACGAGUGCGGUACGUGCAAUGCCAGUUUUGAGACCUUGGACUUGCUUUUCCAUCAUCAGCUCCUCCACAAGCCUGUAGAGAAAAAGCCAAUAGCAAUGAAAGGCCAGCUACAUCAAUCUCACCACUUCCAGCGUCAAAGCCACAGCUACCGCCUUUCUGAUAGUCAGACACAAAAGAAACUCCUCUCAUUCUCCUCUUCAAAUGGUGCUGAAAUGCCUCAUUCAUUGUCACACUUAGGUCCCUCAAGCUUACAUCCAUUAGCAAAGCAGAAGCAAAAACCAAACACUGAGGCCCCAAGCACCACCAGGACAUUGGUUAAUGCGUCAUCAAACCCACAUUCCUUUCCCAAUUAUCAAAAUAAUGAGGGGCAAAUGGUUAAACGUAUUGAGAACAGUUUGUCAACAAUGGAAGAAUUAAAUGGUUCAAGCCGUUCACCAUCAGUAUUGAAGACAGAGGACACAACCGGCAACUUGGUUUGCACUGAAUGUAACGCUUGUUUUUCCGACCUUCUAGAAUUGCAUGGACAUUACUUGGACCAUGCCAGAGGACAAAUAUGAAUAUUCUGUAAAAGUUGUUCUCUUUUGUUCAAUGAGUGUGUGAGGAACUCUUGUAUGGGAAUGACUUCUAAAACUAGUGAAAACGUUGGCUGUAUAUGAAUAUUCUGUUUUUCAUGUGAUAUCAACCUUACUGAUGUACUGACACAUAAUUUUGUUUAAAAAAACAAAUUUUAAAAUAUUUGGACUAGUUAUUCCCUGUAAUGGACAGUGUUGUUUAAUUUAGAGAUCCUAUAGUUUGAUUUAGAUGUCUUUUGGUGUUGGUGCUGUAAUUGAAAAUUUAAAACAGAUUAAAGGUCUUUUCUGAUAUUGC